UUUCUUCAAACUCCUCUUGGUUGCUGCCACUCUCUUUGACAUGAGGCUUCAUUGAUGAGUCUCAGACAGAGACCUUUACUUGGAUGCAUUUCAAGACGCUGUUUUUUUUUUUUUUUUUUUUUAAUUUCCUGGUGUGUAAAAGACCUUUUGACCUUUAGGUCUUACACUGUUAAAUUGGGUGUUGGCUGGACCCCGUGCACUGGUCUGAUUUUAUUGGAGAAUAGCUGCCAAGUGACCCAAGUGCGAUCCUUGAAGGGUUUACUUUUUAUUUCAUUUUUCAUCAAGAUGAGUUGGAAAACCCUGACAGUAAGUUUUUGAGUAAUACCAGUCCCAGUAUACUGAUUUAAUAUCUGGACAGAAAUGAUUCAGUAAUCACAGUAUGUGGCCCUUGUGCUCUAGUGAGGUGAUGGACACUUGCUUUCCUACACCCUUAAGACUUCAGCUUUCUGAAUCUAACUCUUCGUAAACCUGUUCAGAUUUAGAGUCAUACAGCCAUUGAUUGAUUAAACAUGGAUAUCAAUAUGUGUUCUAGGAUUUCAUUUCUUUGUGAGCAGUAAACCUGCAUAAUGAUUAUAAUACAUAUGAUUUCAAUGGUUUUAGUUGAGGACACCAACUGAAAUAGUUACCCUUUUGUAUUGGUAAGCUACUGUUACCUCCUUGGAGGAGGCGGGUAAGGGGCGCUUAUCUCUCUGGAGCAGCCGCAGGCGGGCAUCCCUGGCACUGUCCCUAUCUGUGGCAGCCAGUGCCCGGCUCCCCUGUCCCGUGCAGAAGCUCCAGCCCGUCUCCAGCUCCUCCACUCAACCAACGACAGACGCAACGCCGUCACACACGCCGUCACAUCUGAGAGCACUUUUUUAAACUUACACGUACUUCUCAUUCAUGCACACAUACACAGAGACACUUAAAGAUCUCAAAGUCACACAUUCCCACAUAUUGUCUCAGUCACAUCUCUCUCGCCUAUUCACACACACACGCACUCUCUCUCUCACUCACACACACACACACACCCAUAAGUGUGUGUCCCAAAAUGAGUCCAGAGCAAGACUCCAACAUGAAGGAGGUUGCACUCCAGGACGCCAACAGUGACGACGGGUCCCUUCGCGAAGAGACGCCGAUGCCGAUAGCGGCAUCGGCGGUGAUGGCGGACUCUCCCGUCGUUACACAGCCAGGACUGGGGCGUACCACGACGACGGUCACUACCAUCACACAGACAGGAGGGGACUGGAGCACGGGACUGUUCAAUGUGUGCGGAGAGAGCAGCACCUGUUUGAUGGGAGCCUUUGUGCCUUGUUGUCUGGACUUCAAUUUGGCCCAUCAGUAUGGCGAGUGCGUCUGUCUGCCCAUGUUGCCCGGCUCCACUCUGGCCAUGCGCGUGGGGAUGCGGGAGCGCUUUAAAAUACGGGGGAGUGUGUGCGAGGACUGGGUGGCAGUGUGUCUGUGUUACCCGCUGGCUGUGUGUCAGAUGAUCCGCGAGAUGAAGAGGAGGAUGAAGACUCAGAUAUACCAGGUGUCCACUGCACUCGACUGCUCCUGAGACCACCAGCACACAUGAACAUACUGGUCACCAAACUAUCAUACAUGACUUUCCCAUUACCUGCUAACAGAAGCGCAUGAGCGUUAUGGUAUAAAGUCUAACUGAUUCAUGAAAGAUUUACCAUAUUGUACUGCUAACGCCUGUUUCAGACUUUCUGAGGUAAAAGAUGAUAUUUUUAAAGUUCCUGCUGGAGGUCAGACAGUACUGAAUGGUUUGGUUAGGUAGGCAUUGUCAAGAGGGAAGGUUAGGUAGGCAUAGUCAGGAGGGAAGGUGUAACAGAAUUCCCACUCUGGUGGUUGCUCAACUGUCUUACCCAUAGCUUGUGUUCACAUGCAUAUUUUACAAUCUAUUUGCGUUCACUCCAGUUUCAAUCCACUUCCAAUUAUGUGAAUUUUUUGUUAGCGUACAUGUGAAUAAACAGUGUCCCCUGUC